AUGAAACUGGUCAUACUAGAAACGAUUUCGAGCGGACAUAGAAUUGAUCCGGAAAAAUAUGACAAAUACGCAUUAGAUGCUCACUUAUAUGUGCAGCUGUACCCUUGGCACCCAAUGACACCAACGAUGCACAAAAUACUUAUUCAUGGUGCAGUUAUAACAGUGUUUCGACACGCAAUAUCUGUAGAUCAGGCGAAAGAAUAUUACCAGAAUGCUUUUGCUUGUAUCCAGAAGCCAGCCGAUGAAAACUACGAAAUUUUUUUGACAUCCCACGAAACAGAAGAUAUCGAAAAUGAUUACCACCUUAAUAACGUCAUCGACGAAUCUUUUGAAGUUGAAGAUGAUGAGCGAGAUGACAAUGAUCAUGAUGAUGGAGCAGACAAAGAAGAUGAUGAAACAGAUCAAGCUCUAGAUAAUGAUAAGCAGGAAUAUGAGAGUGAAAGCGACGAAGAGCCUAAUACCUAA